AUGGCUGGUUUCUUGAUGAAACAAAUGGUUGGAAACCAACUGAGCGAGGUCACCGGUGGACUCGGAAUGAAAGAUGACGGGGGUGAGAAGACUGAAGCUGGAGAGGAUCCAGAAGUUGUGGCCGCUCGUUUGGAGCAAGAAGAGAGAAGAAAGGAGAAACAUCGGAAGAUGGAACAGGAGAGAGAGAAAAUGCGUCAGGGAAUUCGUGAUAAGUACGCAAUCAAAAAGAAGGAGGAGGGUGUUGCCAUGGACUUCACCGAAGGACGUAUUGGAGGACCCCGUAAAACUCCAGAAGAAAUCGCGGCUGAGAUGAAUGCCGAAGACGACAGCAUCAUCGGUCAACUUGGGCUCACGGAGCAAGUCGAAAAGGCCAAAACUAUGGCGACCGGCGCCUUUGAAACUGUCAAAGGAUUUUUCCCAUUCGGAAAAUAA